UACAAGCCAGCAAGGAGUUCACAUCUUCAAGGAUCCCAGACAACCAUAAACCUACCAGUUGCAACCAGUUGUAUGCCAUGUCAACAGAACUUACAUCCCUGCCUUAUGGAUGGAGAAGAGAAAAAGUUAAAAGAUGAAUCCUGUGUUCAGCAGCGGAUUGGAGAUGAGUUGUGUCAACUGCUAAAAGUGCUGCUUGAUGCUAGUGCUGGGACAUCAGUAUUUUGCUGUGUGGAGCCAAGACUUGUAGUAAACUUCCUUUCAAGGCUUUGUGACAAGUGUUCUGCCGAAGAAGGUUCACCUUUAGGGCUUCUUUUGAAGAAGACUGUUGCAACUGUUAUGGCUGACUUUCAGAGUGUUCUGGCACUGGAUGGAUUGAUUUCUCAGCUUAUCCAAAGAAUAAAGAGAGUGAACAAAAAGAUGGCUGAAACAGAUCAUGUCUUGGACCUUGCUGAGCAUAGGCAGCUCUUGACAGUGGCUGCCUACAUUUUGCAAGAAUCACACUGGCACUUGAAGAAAGAUUUCUAUCGCAAAGAUGUGCAGGAAGCUUCCCGUACAUGUUUCACAAAACUGUCAGCAGCCAUCACCCAGUUGGUAGACUCUAUAAGGCAGCAUGUUCCCACUAACAAAGCAGAGAAAAUUCCAUUUGUCCUGAUGCAGUGUCUGACAGCUGUUGUCAAACAGCACUGUGCAGACAACCCCCUGGGUGAGGGAUUGGAGACAGACUUUAUACAGAGAGUGGAGUUUCUCUUGCAGAAUAUUUUGGAUCUGAAUGUGCAGGGAGUUGCAGAUGAGGAGGCCAUCUCUGCAAAAAUUCUAGCAACUACAGCAGAUCUUCAUUUCCUGUCUUGUGUGUAUAAGCACCAUUCCUCAUUCUCCAGACUGUUGACAGCUGAAAAAACUUCGUGCUGUUUGGAACUUUCUUCAACGCUGCCUUUGUGAAAGAUUGCACAGGGUUAGC